CAUCAUGCCACUUUCUGAAAUCGUUUGAAGCAUCCGCGAGGUAAUCUCCAAUUCUGUCGAACCACCCAGCUUUCAAUCUGCAGUCGCAAGCUUGUCGGUUCCUGGGCCCCCCUCUUUUUUCCUUCUCGAUUUGUAGUACUCUUCGGUUUUUUCUUUCCUUUUGACUCUUCACUCUUCACCGUCAGUCCCCGUCUCUCUGUGUAUCUGCAGCCCUGGUCUAUUGCCCACCUACACGCCUAUACCUUCGCAUUGGUCCUGGUAUUCUUCUCUGCUGGUUCGCUGCACUGCACCCACUGUUCUGGUCCUGAUCCGCCCUGGUCUGGCUGCAUGCUCGGCGACCCUACCUGUUCCAUAUUGUUAUAUCUCGAAUAUCACCCCAGGACCCAACACUUUUCUUCCCGCGUCGCACACAAACCUCUCGGACGACGAGACACCACACUACACUCGACUGGCUGGAGCCGUACGUCAGUCUCCGACCUCGCUUCGAGCUCCACGCCUGCUUCAGUGUGACCUGUGUGCACCAGUGUGGUGUAUCUCGACCGCGCGCGCAUUGCAUACUUGACCCCACGUCCGAAAGUCUUCGCUCCUCCCCUCCGCCGUAUGCGAGCACGGCCAUCCCAAAUCUACACCGUUCCGAUAGCCAACGAACCCCCUUCGCAUUAGGCCGUCUGCAAUAGCUAGCUAGCCAGUUACGUCGGAACCGCCCGACAUCCCUCGCCGUCCACGAACCCGACCCCGUCUGUCUGUGAGACUGUGAUAUCGACAUACGUCCUCGGUCAUGGCACCUGGUGUACUGAAUUCGGACGGUUCAAUGGAGGAUCAGAAGGGUCAAGCCGGCCAAGCCGGCCAAAACGGCCUGGCUGCCCAGACCGGCAACCCCGCCGGCCGUCUAAACGCCUUCGACGCCACCGUAGACACCCUCACCCUCCUACGUAGCCUGCCCGAGCCUCCCAUAGAAGCCCAGGUAUGCGUCGUUGGUGCUGGUCCCGCCGGUCUCAUGCUGGCUGCCAACCUCGGCCGCUUCGGUAUCAAGGUUGAAGUCAUUGACGACAGGGCCGACCAGACGCCAGUUGGACGAGCAGACGGAUUGCAGCCCAAGACCAUCGAGACCUUCCGACAAAUGCGUCUGGCCGACCCUUUGCUGCUCCGAGGCGUUCGCGUGUACGAUAUUUCCUUUUGGCGAAGCACUGCCGACGAACCUCUUCACAGACUGGGCCGCGAGGUCCACUACCCUCCUGUCAUUGAUGUCCUAGACCCUUACAUCCUGUUGGUGCACCAGGGCAUGGUUGAGGGCCUCUUCAUCGACGACUUGAAGAAACGUGGAGUCGAGGUGCGGCGGAAUACGGCGUUCGAGUCCUACAGCGUCCCGGAAAACAAGGCUGGGCCUCUCCAGGUCAAUUGUCGCACCAACGUCACCCAAGACCGGCGAACGAUUCUCACACAAUACCUGGUCGGAUGCGAUGGUGCCCACUCCAAGGUGCGAAAGAGCAUUCCCGAUGCGCGGGCCAUUGGCUUGUCACAACCGGCCAUUUGGGGUGUUCUCGACGGCGAGCUCAUAACUGAUUUCCCGGAUAUCUGGUCUAAGACGCUGGUCUACUCUCAGGAGUACGGAUCUAUCCUGAUUAUCCCUAGAGAAAGGAACAUGACACGCUUCUACAUUGAGCUCAAGGCGAACCCCAAGGCAGACAAGCGAGAACUUGGCCAGGAGUUCGUCAUGGCUCGCGCCAAGAAGAUCAUGGCGCCUUUCGAGGUUGACUGGAAGUACAUUGAGUGGUUUGGUCGUUACCAGAUUGGCCAGAGAGUGGCCAGCCGGUUUGUUGACCCCCAUUUGAGGGCAUUCUUAGCCGGUGACGCCAGUCACACGCACUCCCCGAAGUCGGCUCAAGGCAUGAACACCUCUAUGCACGACUCGUGGAACCUUGCGUGGAAGCUGAACCUGUCCAUUCGAGGACUCGCGAAGCAAGCUCUGCUCGAGAGUUACGAGGAGGAGCGAAGGAAGAUCGCCGUCGACCUGGUCAACUUUGACUACGAGCAUGCGAAUCAAAUUGCUGGCGGUGACGCAGUGGCUCUGUCGGAGAACUUCAAGACAAACGUUCGUUUCAUCUCGGGCAUUGGCGCCGAGUAUUCUGAGAGCCCGCUAAACAGGCCUGAUCCUCAAGGUCUGAUCAUGGGAGAUGCCAGACCAGGCUGUCUGCUUCCUCCAGCAAAGGUCACUAGGUACAUCGACUCAAAUCCUGUCGACGUCCAGCUCGACAUCCCCAUGCUCGGACAGUUCCGCAUCUACCUCCUGAUGUGGGAUAUCCAGGCUUCAAGCCCCUUCCUGGAGACUUUCUGCCAGUCAAUAGCGUCGGCCAAUUCUUUCAUCAGCAAGCUGUCUGCUUCUGCAAGUGCUUCGUACGCUGCGCAGCCCAGACUACCAUCACCCGAGGACAUCUACUACCGGCCUGAAAGAUACACAGCCGUUAGCCAUCUCUUCACAUUCGCUCUGAUCACCACAAUGCCCAAGGCCGAUGUGGAGAUCUCAGACCUGCCGGCUUUGCUACAGGACAGCCGCUGGACCUUCUACUUGGACGACAUUCCCGAACAAGACACGCGGGGCCAGCUUUGCACGAACAAGUGGCUCGGCAGCCUCGGCCCCGGUGAGGUUUCCAUCGUCAACGUACGACCAGACGGCUAUGUGGGUUCCGUCGGCCGAUGGGACUCGAGCAUGGAUGACGCCGGCGAGGAAGCUGCUCGGUGGCUGGACGAGUACUACGGCGGCUUUCUCCAAUUGCCCAACGGGUCAUCGCCUGCCCCGACCCCGACCCCCAUGGCAGUUUAGGAUAUGUUUCCUCCUUAAUCCCCAGUUUUGUUCUCAGGAACGACUCGCUCGGCGUUUCUGUAGCACACAAAUCUUACAUCUCACAUCACGCGACACGCAACAAACAUAAUCAAGAGCUUGACGAAAAUCAAGCAUUCAGAAAACGCAGGCAUGAAAUCAUCACUUUCUCUCUUCCAACUUAUCCAGCAGGUGUUGGGGAGUGCGACGGCGGUACGGUUGUUAUCACGGCAUUUUCAGGAGCUAAGGGGGAUGGAUAGUAAGCACAAUCUGCUGCGAAGCAGUGGAUUGGUACUCAAAAUUUGUUAUUUAUUCAGCAACAACUCACUCGGGCUGAGUUGGGAUGGACUUACCAAUCGGACAGACACAUGUCAGUAGAUGGAAUCUUCAUUGCAAUUCGUGAAUCCGUUGGCUCAGCCCCCUUCCGGCCUGCUCCACAAGCCCACGCGCGUCUCGAGCCAUGGUCGUAAGGCCAUGACACCACAUCUGUGAGCGUUCAUGCGAAAUGUCAUUCCCUGUUUCCCUGUACCCCUACAAUGGCAGCUGUCGGGUCCUUCUGCCUUUCUACACUAUUGCCUAAAUCCUUCCUGACAUCCAGAAUCCCGGCCCCUCCUCAGGAAGUCCGCCGGCUCACCGCGACCUACAGAUGCCACAAGGAUGCAUCUGUCUCUCUCUCCCUCUCUCCGUCUUCUUUGGGCGCUUACGGCUAAGCGUCUGGCAUUUGGCCCCAAACGCUCUCCAAUAAUCAGUCGAGACC